GGGGCGUCUGGGCUGGAGCGGCGCCCGGAGUCCCUGCAAGGACUGCGCCCUGGAGCGGCGCUGGGUUGCGAAACGAUGCCCCCGCCCCUUCCCCCGCUCGGGCUCUGGGGGAGCCGGACACAGAAGAGCCCGGCGCCUGGUUCCUUCCCGCAGAGCGCUCUGCUCGCCCUGCCAAGGAUCUGACGAGGGGUUCAGAACAACCUUUUAAGGAGGACGAUUUUCGCCCCGGAUCCGCUCCGGCGCAAAGCCACAAGCGGGACUUGCGGAAGAUCUGUUUCAGAUUCUAAUUCCCACUGUAACCUCACUAGCCACUAUGGACCUUAAUGACCCAGCGACACUGGAAUCCAUCUCAAGGAUAACACGGCCUUCUGUACCACGGCCACUGAAGAAAUUGUAUAGGGGUGAACCAUUGGCCCUGGGGAUUACACAGAUCAGCAUCGGCGUCCUGGAAAUAGCUUUUGGACUUGUGAUAGUCGUGGCAGAACAGGCUAAUAGAUAUAGUUAUGGUGACUCACAUAUCCUAACUCCGUAUUGGACUGGAAUCCCGUACAUCAUUUCUGGAUCUCUGUCUGUGGUGGUUGCCAAGAAACCUAAGAUACCACUGCUGAAAGGCAUGCUGGGAAUGAAUAUUGUGAGUGCCGUGGCAGCUGGCAUUGGAAUUGUGAUACACUCCAUUUCAGUAGCGCACGGAAGAUACUACGCCCGGUGCUAUCGAUAUGGUCAACCAGACGUACCACCAGAAAUUUGCCAAGAAUACAUCAUCAUCCCUUAUGCUCAAAUGCGCUACAUGGCUGCAGUUCUCCUGGUGUUCACCAUCCUGGAGUUCCUCAUCACCAUCACCACUGCUGCCUUUGGGUGUGCCAGUUUGUGUCGGAAUACCUACAGUGAAACGACUGUAGUGAUUUUUCAGAACACAGACCAGGGGACCUCUCCUGCUGUGCUGGCACCAGUCAAGGAGGAUGAGGUGCUGUGAAUGCCCCUCUUUCAUCUGGAAUCACUACUACUUUGUACUCCUCUUUGGAAAAGAGCUGAUUGGACAGCAUGACAUUUCUGGCAGAGGAUUCACUGAUCAACUUAUU